CGGUCUAACGUUUGCUCUCAAUCUCAACAAUGGCGACGGAAUCGCCGAGUUCCGUUCGGAAAAUUGUUGUUCAUCUAAGAGCUACGGGAGGUGCUCCAAUACUGAAACAGAAUAAGUUCAAGAUUUCAGGGACGGAUAAGUUUGCUAAAGUGAUUGAUUUUCUAGGGAGGCAGCUUCACUCUGAUUCAUUGUUUGUGUAUGUGAACAGUGCUUUCUCGCCAAACCCUGAUGAAUCAGUAAUUGAUCUAUACAGUAACUUUGGGAUAGAUGGGAAACUGGUGGUGAACUAUGCUUGUUCCAUGGCAUGGGGAUAAAAAACCAAACGAUGUUCACCAUCAUCAGAGCUCUGAGUACCUCAUGUUGUCUAUGUCCAACAAUUAUGGGAUCUGCAAAAGAUGAUACUACUGCUACUUUGUUUGCUAGGAAACUUCUUUGUACAUUCUUUAGGAACUGGCUAUCUUCAUCUUUUAAUUUUUUUUCACUCAGAAUAUACAUUACAAAAAGCAACGAUUUCAGCGGUGAUUCUCUAUCAUAUAUAUCUAACUGGUUU